AUGGCUCAAGAACAGACUUUGCAAUUACGCCUACGCGUGCUCGCCCGUGAUGAAUACUUUGCCAUCGCUGCAUUAGCUUUGUUUGCUUCCCAUGUCGUUCUCGGAUGGUUCCCCACCAUGGAUGUAGCUACUGUCUCAUCGCGAAAAUUCACUUCGCUCAUCCGACUCAUCUUCAACAUCGCCUACUCUGUCAGUUUGGCGGGUGUGUCUUCCGCUCUCUUCACCUUUUCAGCACGCGUAUUGGGCGUUCCUGAUUUGGAGAAAUUGAACGUCGCUCCCUUGGGUGUCGCUGCCAGUGGUGCCGCCGCUGGCCUGUUUUUGUUCCAAGCUAUUCUCGGUGGAAGCUCAUGGUUGGCUUGGUUCUUCUUGGCCAUUGACUCUAUUGUCCUCAAGAUCGCUUUGUAUGUUACUGUGGCUACGUUGGCUGGUGGUCUGUAUGGAUGGGUUUUCCAGAUUGGCCGAGACAAACGCCAAGUCACUGGUCUUACCAACAAGACGCAAUAA